CACGAUUGCGGUUAGGGUGGGAACAUCAGAGGAAGCCAAUCAACCGCUUUCACAGCUACGUCUGCACUUCCCUGCUUUUCAGAGCAGACGUGACAGACUGGACGAAAACAAAAUGCGAUAGUUUAAAUCUACUGGUUAGGUGUAAUCAAUUUCAGCGUUAUUAACGCUUCCACGCACAUUUAACUGAUCGGUUAUUUAAAUGCCAUUUCUCUAUAGCUAAGGCGUGUGGUAGGAAUAUAAAAUAAACGAUGCAGUUCUCUCCCACCAACGGAGAUUUCACAUUCGUCUCCUCGACAGAAGCUGAAGAGUUCAGCGGAACUAUCAGUGCCCCAGACAUCAAACUAAGCAUGGCCACUGAGAGCAGUAAAGACCCAUACGCCACCACCUUCCUGAGGCAGCGAGGCUAUGGCUGGCUGCUGGAGGUAGAGGAGGAUGACAAUGAAGAGAGCAAACCUCUUCUGGAGGAGCUGGACAUUGACCUGAAAGACAUCUAUUACAAGAUCCGAUGUGUGUUGAUGCCAAUUCAAUCACUGGGUUACAACCGACAGGUGGUCAGAGACAACCCGGACUUCUGGGGCCCUUUAGCUGUGGUGCUGCUCUUCUCCAUGAUCUCCAUCUAUGGACAAUUCCGGGUUGUGUCCUGGAUCAUUACCAUCUGGAUAUUUGGAUCACUAAUGAUUUUCCUGCUGGCUCGUGUUCUUGGUGGUGAGGUGUCCUUCGGUCAGGUUCUGGGGGUGAUCGGAUAUUCCCUUCUUCCUCUGAUCGUUAUAGCUCCUCUGCUCUUAGUGAUUGGAGGGUUCGAUGUGGUUUCUACGCUGAUCAAAGAUGGAGAAUUGAAUCCCAGCGCCUCUGUUUGGUGUGUUCUGGGCUGCUUACAGUGCUGCUUCACUGCUCGUCGGAGAUGAAUUUAAAACGAAGAAGCCCCUUCUCAUAUAUCCCAUUUUCCUUUUGUAUAUCUACUUCCUAUCGCUAUAUACUGGUGUGUGACUUGAUGAGUUGAAACUCUGGACCUUUGCAUCACCAGUGACCCUGGAGUUGGGGGAAACUGUCAAACUAUGGAACCAGGAUAUUUUGAAAAUGUGGUUGUUUUUUUUUUUUGUUUUUUUUAAACUAAAUUCUAGACAGUGGGGAUGUUGGGAACAAUUAUUAAUGUACAAAGUUUUGUCUCUUAUGUCUUUGGUCAAUAAAAAGCAUAUGGUUUUACAGAUUAAAAUUCUAAAUGCAGACUUCUCGGUCACCAGUGCCAUACAGUCCCUAUAGUCCUGCAUUGACUUGUACUUCAUGACACAGGAAAUAGUCACAUGGUUGAAAUGUGAUUGAAUAGUUGUUUGUACUUUAAUCCCACCGAAGAUUGUUGUGCCAAAUAUUUGUGUGUACAUGUAAAAUGAAGACUUUGAGAAAAGAGACAGCAGCACACAGAAAGAAAGAUUGCUGAGCAACAUAUUCUUCAUUGCGAUGCACUGCAUGCACUGAAUGUACUGAGAAGUGUCCAUUUAUGCUUUUCACUUACUGCAGACUUGUUUUCGUAAUUUAGGGAUUUCAGCGGUAGUAGUGAGUCAACUGGGGCAUUUAAAGUGAUAUGAACCAUUGUCUGCUACUGAAUGCAGGGCCUUGUUUUUCCUGGGCAACAGUCCUGUUUUCUAACUGUUUAAAAUAGUAAUGUAAUCAUUUGGUCAAUAAUUACAGUAAAUUAAUAUUUUUUACUUCA